CCAUGUCUGGAGGUGGUCCCAGCUCUGGUGGAUAUGGAUCAGUCUCUGGCAGUUGCAGCCCCCACAGUGGGGGGAUGAGCUCUGGCAGCUGGAGUGGCUCAGGCAGGAGAGGCUCCAUGUCUGGAGAAGGAGGAAGCUCCGGUCAUGGAGGAUCCAGUUAUGGCAGCAGUGGGUGCAUUGGUGGAGGAGAAGGAGGGUCAGGGUAUGGAGGAAGCUCGGGUAGGAGAGGCUCCAUGUCUGGAGGUGGUCCCAGCUCUGGUGGAUAUGGAUCAGUCUCUGGCAGUUGCAGCCCCCACAGUGGGGGGAUGAGCUCUGGCAGCUGGAGUGGCUCAGGCAGGAGAGGCUCCAUGUCUGGAGAAGGAGGAAGCUCCGGUCAUGGAGGAUCCAGUUAUGGCAGCAGUGGGUGCAUUGGUGGAGGAGAAGGAGGUUCAGGGUACGGAGGGAGCUCAGGAUAUGGAGGUGGCUCUGGCCGGAGAGGCUCCAUGUCUGGUGGUGGUCACAGUUCUGGAGGGCUGGGAUCGGGCUCUGGCAGUGGUGGGAGCAGUUCUGGAGGAGGAAUCAGCUCUGGGUAUGGAGGAAGCUCAGGCAGUGGAGGAUUGAGCUCUGGUGGGUGCAUUGGUGGUGGAGAAGGGGGUUCAGGGUAUGGAGGAAGCUCGGGCAGGAGAGGUUCCAUGUCUGGAGGUGGUCCCAGCUCUGGUGGAUAUGGAUCAGGCUCUGGCAGUUGCAGCCCCCACAGUGGGGGGAUGAGCUCUGGAGGUUGGAGCAGUUCUGGCAGGAGAGGCUCCAUCUCUGGAGGUGGAGGAAGCUCAGGUCAUGGAGGAUGCAGUUAUGGCAGUGGUGGGUCCAUCUGUGGGGGAGAAGGAGGCUCAGGGUACGGAGGAGGAAGCUCUGGCAGGAGAGGCUCCAUCUCUGGUGGUGGGGAAGGAGGAGGAAUUUCAGGCAGUGUUGGAUCCAGUUAUGGCAGUGGCGGCUGCAUUGGUGGAGGAGAAGGGGGCUCAGGGUACAGAGGAGGGUCAGGGUAUGGGGGAGUCUCUGGAUAUGGUGGUCACAGCUCAGGGUAUGGAGGGGGAAGCUCAGGCAGGAGAGGAUCAAUCUCUGGAGGAAGAGGAACCUCCACCUCUGGAGUUUGGGGAUUGAGCUCUGCUGGCACCUGCAGGCCUGGCAGUGCGGGGGAAGGAGGCUGGGAUUGCUCUGGAGGGGACAGUUGUUAUGGAGGAGGCACCUGUGGAGACGCCAGCUGCAGAGAUGUGACUGAGGAAUGCAGGUCAGGAGGAGCGUGGUCUUCUCCAAGCCCAGGUUACUGGUCUGCCUAUGGAAGUGGCUCUGUUUCCCCUGGAGAUGCUGUCGACAAGUAAAACUUGGAUGCAAAUCUCAGCAGUGGAAGAGGAUGAAGCCAUUCCCUCAUUGUUGGAGGCAAUGGUGCUUUUCUGCUGUCAGUGCUGGUCUGGAUGGGCUGUGCAUCAUCCUGUGCUCUCCCUGCACAACCAUCCCUGGACUCUCCUGCCCACUCCUCUGCUGGAUGCUGGUAUUGUGAUGAUGUCCCUUCCUUGGGCUUUCUCAGAGCUUUUAAUCUCAGGCUGUGUGGAACCUUUAUCUUUGGCAACUAAAACCUUGAAACCCUG